AUCCAAAGCAAACUAGCUCCAACUUGACUUCCGGAUCAGGAGUCAAGGAAGUACCAUUAAUAACUAUUCAGGACCAAAAUGGAAGUGGCUCUGGUUCGACCACAACUGGAUUAGGAAGUACUGAGGAGAUAACAUAUGAAUGCCCUGAAGAUUCAUGUAAAAAAAGAGUAAAAAGGAAAGGGGAGCGAUGUGUUGAUCAUAAAUAUUGUGAACAUGUAGGAUGUAAGGAAGAAGUACUAUUUGCAUUUAGGUACUGUAAGAGGUGUCAAUCAUGUUGCCGAGCAGAUGGAUGUUUCAGUGCAAGGGAAUGGAAAAAGGCUUAUUGUAAGAACCAUCUAACCACAAAACUAGCACUCUGCUCUAUAAAAAAUUGUAAGAGAGAAACAGGGGACCAAGCAUGGGAAUUUUGUAAUGGCUGUUUGAAAGGGAUGAUUGAGAUAGGAGAUAUGACAGGGUGCGACGUGUGCCCAACUCCAAAUCCAUCCUGUGCAGAUUGUCGUAAUGUAAAAUACCUACAAGAAUAUAAUGAGAUAAGGAAAGAGGCUUUAAAACCCAAAAGUGUAACCUUUGACACUCGGAGUUCUAGCUCAACCAUAGCGGGAUCAAGCACAACAGGUGGACCAAGACCCAUCCUGAGAAACAACACAACUAAUAUAAUUAAUAGCGUAAGCCCAACAGCAGGAAUUAACUCUAGCUUCUUUGGUAAUGCCAGUUCAAACUCAAGUGGAAUUAGUAGCUUAUUUGGUACAAACCCAAACUCAACUCGAAUUUUACCAAUAAGAACUGGAGGAGGAUUCGGAGGGGGCUGGAAUAACCCACCACCAGUCAAUAAUAACCCACCACCAGUCAAUAAUAACCCACCACCAGUAAAUAACAACCCACCACCAGUCAAUAAUAAUCCACCACCAGUCAAUAAUAAUCCACCACCAGUCAAUAAUAAUCCACCACCA